UUUUAAGUUUAAACGCCAUCUUUCAUCUUUCAUCUUUCGUCUUUCAUCUUUCAUCUUUGAGGAAUGACUGAAUGAGGAGAUUCGUAAAACGCACACACAGCAAAGAGUAAAGACCCUUCUUUUCUCUUCUCUUCUCUUCUCUUCUACUUGUUGAAUCUUGAAUUCUUUCAUUUCAAUUUUCACCCACAAAAUAAGGAACGCACGUAAAGGCUGCACUAUCUGUCUUUCUGUUCUCUGGAUCCAGUUUUUCCCCAAGAUUUAAGCUUUAGAAUUUAGAUGGAGGAAGAGAAAAUGAAAAAGAAAAACAAGAAGAAGAAGAAUAAGCAGCAGACUAAAGCAGCUGCAGGUGCAGCUGUUGUUGAUGAUACGGCGUCGUCAAAUGCUGGAGAGACAAGCUCUGUUAGUGGAGAACAAGACAAUGUGUCAAACUCAAACAUUGUAAUUGAUGAAACACAUGUCCAUAAUGCUAUUGCUAAUGGGUGUCCUGCAGUUGACAGUGAAAAGCAACAUUGGUUACGAGAAGAGGCCAGGUUAAGAGAUAUGGUAAAACAACUACUCUACGAAAAGGACUCUUGUAUACAAAGACAGGCUGAUUUAGAAAUUAGAUUGGAACUAUUACAGAGUGAAAAUGACUCCUGGCAGCAUAAAGAGGUGAGCCUGGAACAGAGAAUUAGCGAGUUAUUACAGGAGAAUGCUGCGUUGCGUUUUGAAGAGAGAAAUUUGCUGGAAAAAUUUCAGCAUGUAGAGAAGGAGAAACUUUUUCUUGUUGAAACAAAGAACUCAAGCAAGGAAAUAAUGGCCACUCUGAAUAAUGAGAAUGCAAGGCUGAGAAUGCAGGUUCUGGAGUUGGAAGGAGCUAGGGACAGUCUCUCACAUGAUAACGAGCAGUUGUUAGACAACAUAUCUACCUUACAGUCACAAGUUCAGGAUCUUGAAACAAGUUUGCACACUGUAGUAUCACCAGCUGAGGCUCAGAAGGAUAAGGACGAGAAAGAGAUUUUGAAUGCUGAGCUGGAAGGAACUUAUGCAUUGAUUGGGAAAUUGAUGACAGAAAAUGCAGAGCUUGUUGAGAAGGUAAAUGUGCUUUCCAUGGAGCUUGGCCGACAAGCUGUAGUGCCUGAUGUUACCUCGGUUGAUAUACCUGAUUGUUCAACAGCAGAUCCUGUAUCUAUAUCCACCAAGGAUAUUCAAGAAGAUAUUUCUUUAUCAACGAAGAGUGUCAAGCCUUUUGGAACAGUUUCAAUUGGAGAUGAGCAAAUGGCGACUGACAAAAUGGACUUAAAUUAUGCUGAUGUAGUCCAACAUUCUGCAGAUGCCACUGUGUCUGGAGAAAUUGUGCAAAUAUCAUUAGAUGAAAAUGAAUCUCAGGAUCUAGAAGCUCAGGUGUCUGCAAAUGCAGGAGGUGAGAGUGUGCCACUUGCAGAUGCUCCUCUGAUUGGUGCUCCUUAUAGGCUUAUUUCUUUUGUUGCAAAGUUUGUAAGUGGCGCUGAUCUAGUUGACAAGGGUUCUUCAAACUCGCUGCAGUAACAUAAAUUAUUUUCUACCUUGUAGAAGGUCCAUUAAGAAAGGCGAUUAAUGUUCGAAUGCUUAAUUUACACUACCAACAUCAACAGGGUUGGAUUACAGACUAUACUAUUGGGUUUUAUUCAACACUUUUGUGUUCCUAUCUUGUCAUUCUAGUUUGGCCACAUUUGAUUUUUGGUUAUGAUGGCCAACCUGUAUCAUCUGGUAGCUUGUAAUUGAGAUUUUUGGUUAAUUUUGAUCUGAUAAAGGGAGUUGUAGCAUUAGUUUCUCUUUGUAGCUACACACUUGCCUUCUUGUGUUAAUGUUGAUGGAGACUGUCUUCAGUCCAUCAUCUCGGUAUUAUACUAUUAUGCACAUUGCAUGAGUAGUGUUCUUUAAACAGUUCAGAAAGACUAGCUUUUACUUUU